ACCGCGAUUCUCCAGUCUCCCCUCAGCUCCACCGGCGGCCGGCCUUAGUCUUCUCUUAGAGUCUUCUCCGUCUGGCGUAUGCUAUUCUGAUCCGUUUCCCUUCAGCUUUCCUAACCCGCAAAGGCCCAGACCAAACAUCAGAGUUGAAUAAUAGAAGGAUUUUAGGUUUCGAUUUCGACCGACGCCUCAUUGUUCUUUCAAUUUAAUGGCUGGGCGACUCAAAGCCGUACCGGAUGCAAGUAGGGAUUUAAUAAGUGAGCUGCCUUUAGAGGUAAAGGACAGAAUUUUGGGGUGUUUGCGCACCCCAGAGGCCGCCAGAACUGUUAUGCUCUCAAAGCACUGGAAUGAUGUUUGGUUGCAACAUGGGCGGCUUACAUUCGAUUGGGAAUUCUUGCAAUGUGUCGAACGGUGCUAUGAUGAUGAAGGUAUAACCCUCGUGAACAUAAUCAAUAAUAUCCUCUUUUUCCGUGCCGAGCCGGUUAAGAAAUUUACUCUACGGAUUUCAUCUGAUGAUCCUAGGGCGCAACAGUCUUAUUUUGAUAGGUGGUGUCUUUUUCUGUCAAGAAAUGGAGUGGAGGAACUUAACAUAUGUUUAGAUACUGAUGAGGAGGAAUAUAAGCUACCAUUUUGUUUACUCUAUUGCAGGACAAUUAAGCAACUGAUAGUUCGUGGUCCCUUUAUUGAUUUGCCUGUAAAUGCUUGUGGUAUAUUUUCCAACGUCACUUCAUUAGUUUUCUGCAAAGUUGAAUUUAAGCGCAGUGUUAAUGGAAUUGCCUCUAGUAUUAGUAUUCCUAAACUUGAGAAGCUGGCUUUCGGAUUUUGUCGUGGGAUCAAUAAGUUUGAGAUCAGUCCUCCAAAGCUUGAAAUGUUGUGUGUUAUUGAUUAUAUAUUGGAGGUUAAGUCGAGAUGGUUGGCGCCACAUUUGAAAGUCAUUAAGACUCUUUGGUUGUGUGGCUCUUCGUUGUGGCAUAUGGAUGUAUCUGUGUUUCCAACUGCAAUAAAUCUACAAGUAAUGAAGCUAUAUGAUUUAGAUUUUGGUUGUCGGAAGCAACUCGCCGUUGCUUUGCAAUUGCUUCAAAAAUGUCUCAACCUAUGUGAACUGCAUAUCAUUGCGUAUAAGUCCUGUUGGAAGGAUGACAAAGAAGAUGCUUCAAGGCUUUUGGAGGAACCAAACAGUGGCUUUGUUAUUCAAGAGUUGAAGAUGCUUAACACAAUCAAGAUUGAAUCAUUCAGGGAAUUCUCACUUGAAAUGCUUUUUAUGAAAAUGCUGCUCUCAAAAUCCCCUGCGCUAGAAAGAGUUGUUAUUGUGAAGUCUUGGGGUAUGAAUGCCUCGGAGGUGAAAAUCCAAAGGAAGUUGGAAUGCUUCCCUCGUGCAUCUCCAAACGCACAAAUUUUCUACGCGGGCAAUUACCAUACGUCUAUGCGUGAUGAUUGGUCCGAUACCCAUGGUUUUAGCCUUUAUGAAAUUUAGUAUAGUGAAUCUCCAUGGGUUCUAUUUGGUUGUAGCUUAGAAAUGUAAGCAAAGGUUGUGUUGUAAAUUGAAGUGUUUUCUAAGUUGUUCAGCAUGAGGGAAUUGUAAUCAGCUAGCAUUGUGGGCAAUUAAGAAAUACUAUUUGCUUUUGUUAAUAUAAAUUACCUCAAUUA